CAUUGCUUCGAUCGUGGCUGAGUUGGAAGAUAGAUAAUCACUUCAUGCGCCCUUUAUUUUUAAGUCCUUUUGGAUUGAAUAUCAUACAGAAAGAAUAGUUUGGCAAGUUGUUUCACGUGGUCUUUCCAGAGAGCUUAGAUUUGAUUAUUGUUUGGUUAAGCGAAAGUAUUUAUUUUGUAAGUACCGAUUUUGCUGUAUUACUUUGAACAAACCCGGAGAGUCUCCAUCAGCGAGAAUUGCUUGAUACGAGUUCUUUAUUUUCCUUUUGCAAGAAUAAUAAAUUUCCUAAAGCAUACCUAGUCAUGGAUCAAGCAAGGAAAACUUAUCUUACUCUUUGAACAUUUAUCUGCAGCACCCAUAGGAGUAUGAGAAGGAGCCCCCAGUCCCAAGCCAAGCCCACCCCAGAGUCCCCCACUUGUUAAUGACACGACAGUGAUAGCGAAACCGUUUAUCUCAGUCUAUUGAAAGUGGAAAAAUCACAUCUUGAACGCGAUUUCCUGUCGGAAGUGGCGAUGCCGCUGACAUCCAAGAAGGAGAAUAAGGAGAAGGAGAAGGAGAAGGAAAAAGAAACCAAGGAUGAAAAGGCUAUGGAUUUUCGGCUUUACUUGGAGCAAGCCAAGAAAGAUUUCGAAAGCAAAUGGAACAACCCUCAACCGAGCACAGUUAAGUUAAAGGAUUUCGAAAGGAUCCAGACACUGGGAACCGGUUCUUUUGGCCGGGUGAUGCUGGUUCAACACAAAGAUAACAAAAAGUACUUCGCCAUGAAGAUCCUCGAUAAACUCAAGGUGGUCAAGCUGAAGCAAGUGGAUCACACACUAAAUGAGAAGAGGAUAUUACAAGCCAUUGAGUUUCCUUUCAUGGUCAACAUGGUCUACCAUUUCAAAGACAACUCUAAUCUCUACAUGGUCCUGGAAUAUGUGUCUGGUGGCGAGAUGUUUUCACAUCUUAGGAGGACUGGUCGCUUCAGCGAACCCAGCGCUCGAUUCUACGCUUCUCAGAUCGUGCUAUCAUUCGAAUACUUACAUUACCUAGAUCUCGUCUAUCGAGAUUUAAAGCCAGAGAAUCUGCUCAUCGACGAAGAAGGAUACGUCAAGGUCACAGAUUUCGGCUUCGCCAAAAAAGUUCGUGGCAGAACUUGGACACUGUGCGGUACGCCCGAGUAUUUGGCUCCUGAAGUCAUUCUCAGCAAGGGCUACAACAAGGCCGUUGACUGGUGGGCUUUCGGAGUGUUAGUGUACGAGAUGGCGGCUGGAUACCCGCCCUUCUACGCAGACCAACCCAUUCAGAUAUACGAACGCAUCGUCUCCGGAAAGGUCCGGUACCCAUCACACUUCUCUAACGAGCUGAAAGACCUCCUGAAGAACUUGUUACAGGUGGACCUGACAAAGCGCUACGGCAAUCUGAAGAACGGAGUCGCAGACAUCAAGAACCACAAGUGGUUCGCGCCCACAGACUGGAUUGCCACCUUUCAGAGAAAGGUGGAGGCUCCAUUCAUUCCACCAAGCAAAGGCCCGGGCGACGCGAGCAACUUCGAUGAAUACGAUGAAGAGGCACUGUUCAUCGCGACCACCGAAAAAUGCCCCAAAGAAUUCGAGGACUUCUGAGAUACUCUCUCGAAUCUGUCGACUCUUGUACAAAGAUUGAAGAUCCCUUGUCGUGGCAGAGAUGGAAGCGAGCGUCCGUUUUUCGAAUGAGUUUUUCUUUUCUUCUGUCCGAUCCCCCUUUAUCCCAAUUCCCCCUGUUAAUAAAAAUGAUUUUUUUUUUCUCAAGAACAGUAUCAAGAGCAACUAGAACUACGAAUAAAAACAAAAACUCUUCUUCUUCGAAAACAAGGAAAUGAAAAAAAUAAGCUGUGUUUUAACAAUCAAAGUAAGCUUUUUAACAUUUGAGUUGCAUUUACACAAAUAGUGCAGAUUCUUGAAGCUAUUCGAGUAUUCUAGGAUAGAAAAUGAUUUGUGUAUUAAAUUCUGAUCGAAGAAGAAAAUCGUUUGCUCUUAAGAAUUUUACCUGAUAAAUAUUUCAAUGGAAGUUUGAAACUGGCGAAAAUAUUAUUGAUUUAAUAUAAAAAUGGUAAUCAUACGUUGUUAAUGUUCAACAGAAUUUUUGCCAGUGUGUUUCAGCGAUCAAAAUGUUAUAAAGAAUAUCUGUAAAUUAAGUUUUUUUUAUUUGAUUUAUGAUAUAUUGCUGCUCGUUUUAAGCUGCAUAAAUGCAAUGUAUAGGAAUGGUUUUCAUUCUUUAACGUAGUAACAUUUUAGUUGUUCAUUUUUGAAAUGUAGAAUAAUUUUAGAUUGAUAUUUACCAUAGCUGUAUGGGGUAUUUAUUGUACAUCUAUAUACAUUUCUAGUCAGAAUAUCAAAUUGAAUUAUUUUAUUUCAUAUGUUAUAAAUCUUUAAUUAUUGAGUUUUAUGGACAUAUUGCUGUUGCAUCAGCGAUUUUCACACAUGUCAAUGUUUCUCUUUUGUGCACAACUCCCAUCUUUUAUUCUAUUUAAAAAUUUAGAUAUUUUGGCUGAUUUUAAAACUCCAUAUAUUCGCUGCUGCAUUUGAUAGUUUCUCAUGCUUUGCAAAUACACUGAAAUGACAUAUUCAUAUCCCAAACAUAUUCAAUUCCAUAGUGAAAUGACUUUUCUUGUCAUAGAAACCAUAUUUUCCAAAAACAUUUGCGUUUACAGUUCCCGAAAGAAGCGUUUGAUCAAAUAAUAAGUUUUACGAAAUGACUCAAACAGACUCGGCAUUUUCAAAAGUAUUACUGAAAUCAAUGGAGGAUAUGAAUCGAAACUGAUGAAGCCAUCAAAAGACUUGAGAUAUACAGAUCAAUCAGUCUGAAAUUUUCAUAAAUAAAAAUUUCUUUUAAAUUUUCAUGAAAUUUAUUUUAAUCACCCGAGCAAAAUAAGAACAGAUUUUGUGGUGGAUCAUUAGCAAAUAGUAAUUCAUUCCAGUGCUGUCAGAAGAUAUCUGUUCUGUUUGUUCCAUUGUUCGAUUUGAGAGGCAGAGCAUAAAACAAUUAUCUUCCUGUUAAAAUUUUCGUGUAAAAUAAUUUCCCAUUCAAAAUUAACAGUUGAUUGAUUAAAAAAUCAAAAUUUUAUUUAGCUUAUUGAAUACAAAUAAUUGAAAAAAGAGUGGGACAAAAUGUGACUGCUUUAUUAUUAACUUGCUUUCACUGCACUUUCAGUUCAAAACAAUCUCUGUUCAAAAUUAUUAUUUUCCAGUGAAGCUCAGAAUGUAAUUUUAGCUUAAAAGGUUGCAUCUACAGUGUUUUGAUAUUUUACCUUCUAUUUUAAAAGUAAAUUACAUAUCAAAAUAUUGAUAUAGAAGCUAAAGAAUCUUCAUCAAGAUAACCAUCUCACUGAAACAAUUUAAUCGUUUGUUUGUUUUUUAGAUAGAACCAAACGAUUCUUUCUCGCAUAUUCCAGGCUGAGCUUUUCUUGCUUGCGAGUUCUUUUUAAUCCAAUUCGAGGGAACACUGCCUUUCAGAUCUCUUAUCAUUCAAUACAUCAAAUUCAAUCAACUGCGAACCACUUAUUAAUUCCAUUAGAAUUCUUAAAACGAUAUUAUUAAACUAGUAUUCCUUCACACACAGCGAAUUUAGCUUAAAAUGUAUACAAAAAAGUUUCAUUGUACAUUGUAAAGGAGUUAACUUUUUGAAAAAAAAAAUGUGUACUUUUUGAUAGCAUUUUUGAAUCGAAAUUAAAUUUGAUAUUCGUAGUUUGAAGAAAAAAUAUGGUUUUGAUAAAUAUAUUGUAUACCUCAAAUGAGAACUAUGUACGUAGUACUUUUUAAAAGAAUAAACGUUAGAAUAUUAACCAAGCACAAAAUCAACCAUUCGAAUACGAAUAAAAAAUUCUACAGUGGUGCCUUCAUCUUGUCCACUAAUAGAUAAUAUUAGAUCAAAUUCUUUAGAUUUUUAUCCUCUUUCGAAAACUGAAAUUAUAUCAAUUAUGAUAAAUAUUCAUUUUUAUACGAAAGCUACUUGUAAGCAAAUAUUUUAAAAGAAGUUUUAAAUCAAGGACCAACAAAAAGAUGAAGUAUUCACUCUAUCUUUAUCCAGGUAGAUUACGAAUUAGUAUUAUUAAUAAUUAAUUAAUUAAGUAUAUAAUCAAUACGUUUGAUUCUCUACUUUCAUGAAUAAUGAAAAAUUCAAGAAUUUUAAUUCGUGUGAAUUAAGUUUUGAUUUAUUUAAACUAUUAAGGUUAAGUGAAUCAACUAAAGCAACAAUAUUCAAUUAUGAACGGAAAUGUUAAAAACAUAUUUUUAAGAAACCUCCAUUGCAGUUUUACCUAAAAAUAUCCAAUCCGAAGUCAACCACAAAUCUUUCAAUUAAGAUUUGGAAACUGAAAAGAGAUGGAUUAAGCUCUUAAAUUAAAAAAUUUUAGUCUAGAUGUAAUUAAUGUUUUUAUAAGAUGUCGAUGUAUAUUCUAUCAUUUCAAAUCACAGGUCAAGUAUACGUUUUUUCCUUUAAUAUGUUCAGUAUCUGAUACAAACUUCGUUUCGGUAUAUUAGAACGCAUUGAUAACUGGUAUUCAUAAUAAGAAAAUUCAAAAAAUUAUAGUGCAUUUUACAAUAAAACGAAACUAAAAAUCAUAUGAAUCAAAUUUAUUUUCAAUAACUAAGCAAAAUCAUGUUAAUCAAACUUAUUUUCCAUAAAUGAGUAAAAUCAUGUUAUUCAAUUUAUUUUCAGUGAUUAAAUAAAAGCAGGUUAAUCAAAUUCUAGUAAAUAAGAAAAAAUCUUUGAAUCAGUCCAUAAAUUUCCGAUUACAUUAUAUACAUAUUUUAUAAUUUGUUUGAUGUGCAAAAAUUCUUUUAAUAAAUAUUUUCUUUACGCAUUCUAAAUGCCUGUUUAUAAGGUUUCAGUACAGUAAAAACUAAUGAAAAGAAUAUAUUAAAUCCUUCCAGCUUCAGAAUAUCUCGUGUUUUGCAAGGAUGAUCAAGAUUUCAUAUGUCUAAAAUGACUCAUAUGAACAAAAAUAUAGAAUGUCUACCAUAUUACGCAAUCACAAAUUUGUCUCGUACCUGAGGCGGAACGGGUUAAAAUGCAUUGCCAUUCCAGCUCUCAAAUUCUGAAGAAAAGUGUAUGCAGAAAUCGAAAGACUGAAUAAAAUUUGAAUUCGAAUUGUGGUUACAUUACUAAAAUUAAUAUUUCAUUAUUUUUAAAAUAUAAAACAAAGAAUUAAAAAUAAGAAGCUAAUAAUAUUUAAUUUCCCAUAGAUACCAGAACAAUUCCUAAUACCGGUCAAAAAUUGAAUAAGUUUUAAAUCAAACCAUCUUUUUCAUUCAAAACUGAAACAGCUAUAUAAAAGCAACUAUAAUUAUUAUGCUGAAAUGUAUUUUUUUUUGUAGUUAAAUUAUAGUCAUUUAAUGUGUUUUCCUACAGCUGUAUGUAACUGUGUACAUGUAAGUGAGCUUCUUUAUUUUGAACUCUUUUAUGUUCCUUUUGAUUACUGUACAUUUUACAUAUCCUAUUAAUCAAUGUUCUACCUACUGAACAAAGUAACGUAUUCUGAAAGCUCACUUUUUCUAUAUUUGUUCGAUAUCACUAAAAGUGUCCCCUUCAAAGCCAAUGAAGGAGCUUACUGAUCCAUUUGUGCUGUUCUCUAGCAUGUGUAUGUUCCAAAUCAGAGUUGUAAAAAUUCCCCGUUUCCUUUCCUCCUUUCUUAUGUAUGAAGUUUUCAAUACGUGUCAAUGUACCAUUUAAUCUUUUGAUAAUUCCCAUAUUUCUCAAAAUUUUCGUACCAUUAAAGUGUAUGUUACCA